AUGAGUACACUCACCGACCGUCUACUUCGCUCGGUCGACAUCGACGAGGACGGCGACGUCUUCGUUGGCAGCGGCGACUCGAACGAUGGCUCCGGGAGCGGAAGCGAGUACGUCAUCAGCAUCGCUAGUGAGAGCAGCGCCGAGACCUCGGCGCCCUCGAGGUCUUCCCAGCUCCAGGUCUUGCUUGACGCUACUUCAAACGACGUCCCUACUACGUCCAGCUCUGCUCCUGCUGCUACUUCACAGCGUAUUGUGGGCUCUGCAUGGCUCCUAUCAGCUCCAGUCAAUUUAAUUGAAGACAGUGACGAUGAUGACGUGCAGAUACUGACGGCCACGGAAGCUGCAGUGGCACUAGCAGCCGCAGCUCGACGAGCUGGAGACGGCUCAGCCACGUCUCGGAAGCGCAAGCGCUCGGUUAUUGAGACAAGACCAGAGCCUACCGAGUGCACCAUCUGCUGUGAAGUCUGUACCGUUGUAGGUCGCCAUCGGCUCGUGGCUCUCAAGUGCGGCCAUUUGUUUGGCAAACGAUGCAUCGAGCGCUGGAUCAAGGCGAGACACACGUGUCCGAACUGCAGUGCUGUCGUGCAAAGCACGGACGUUUGUCUCUUGUUUUCAAAUCAUGUGGCAGUUGUGGACAAUGCUGGGCUGGAAGACAUGACGAAAAAGUAUCAGGAGGAGAAACAAAAGAGCAAGAAGCUGGAGCAGGAUAUGGUGGUUGUGAAAGCACAACUAGAAAAGAAGACGAACGAGACGAGGUGGCUGCAGACGGUGCUGGAUGGAUAUCAACGAGACGCUGCAGGCAUGCGGUGCACUUGUGCGGUAAAGCAAAACCAGGUUGCUGGUGCUGCUUUAGCGGAAGUUGGCAAAUGCGUAGGUUCUCCUGUUUCUACAACGGCAGCUGCUCGUGUCAUGCCGUCUCGAAGCACUUUGGAAGAGGCAGCAACUUGUGUGUUGAGCAACUCGCGACAGCCUGUAGUAUCCACCUCACAGACUCUUGCGGAGGAUACAUUGGUUCAUGCCGUGCAAAAGUACAAGCCGAUAUUUGACGUGCCCUUGUCAAGGGCACGUGUGUUUAGUAUCGCUCGGGCGUGCUCAUUUCUGUACGUCGGUGAAAAGCUUGGCGAUGAUUCGUACGGUGUAAUAAAGAUUGUGGCGCAAGAUCCAAGAUGCAGAGUACAAGUACCUGUGCACAGCUCUGCCAUUCGCGAUAUUUGUAUCCACCCGAUGACUGGCAGUGCUAUUACCGUAGCGUUCGACGGCAAACUAGCUGUGACGAGUCUUGAGCAAAAGAAGGCAGUGCUGGAGAUUGCCUUCCCUGCAACCCAACGGCUGGGUUGGUCGUGCAGCUCUAGUGAGCGAGAUCCCAACGCCAUUUACUGUGGAUUUCAGAACGGUACCGUAGCCAAGUACGACAUGCGAAGGCCGAUAGCAGGAGAGAAAGGUAUUGUGAAAUCAUUUUCGCUUCCGGAACGGCAGCCCGUACACUCGAUCAAGUUAUUCGAAAGCAACAACGAGGGACGUCCGACUGAGGGUCUUGCAGCGGCUACAUUUCGUGGAGUGUCUGUGUGGAAAGACGUUGCAGAUACCGUGACUGGAGCUGGUCAGUCGAUCGACAAUAGUUCUGUUGGAGCCACAAUUACUUGUCACACACUGAGAGGCCAUGCGUGCUAUUCGCUUGUAUCGAACCAGCUCCAUUCGAACCAAAUGGUGGUGUCGUCACGUUCUACAUCGACAAUGCACAGUGUGUUCGACUUCAGUACCAUUCAGAGCGGACAGCUUGCGCCGAGAACCGAGUUUGCUGGUCAUAAUUCAGUCGCUGCGUUGUCUCGAUCAGCAAUAUGGUCUGAACGCAAUGGCUCCUCUGUGGUGGCUUCGUGGUCGCGUGAUAUCGAGCGCAUUUCGUUGUGGGACGUAGCUUCUCAUCGCGAGGUAUACGGUCCAGAGUCUACGGCCGUGAGUGUGGCUAGCGCAGCCCUCCCAGUGGUGGACAUUCAACACGCCGUAGCUAGCGGCAACUGGAGUUCUGGUCUUGCUCUGUUCGGGACAAUGACUUCUCGGCGAUUGUGCGUGUAUCGCUCUGGCGGGUGA